AUGCCCAAAGUCAUUAAGCAGAAGAAGCGCAAUGGCGCACAGGCAGAUGCAGCAGCAAAGACCAAGGCGGCUCACAGCAUCUUUAAGAUGAACACAGAUCUAGGCCAGCACGUUCUGAAAAACCCUGGUAUUGCUGAGCAAAUCGUCCACAAAGCCGACCUCAAGCAGAGUGAUAUCGUCCUUGAAAUUGGUCCUGGUACAGGUAACUUGACAGCCAAGAUUUUGGAAAAGGCCAAAAAAACCAUUGCAGUGGAAUUAGAUCCUCGAAUGGCGGCCGAAGUCACAAAACGUUUCCAAGGCACUCCUGCUCAAAAGCGCUUGGAGGUGAUCCUUGGAGACGUGAUGAAGACUGAACUUCCCUACUUCGACGUGUGUAUCAGCAACACACCUUAUCAAAUUUCUUCUCCUCUCACAUUCAAAUUGUUGGCCACAACGCCGGCACCACGAGUCUGCAUUCUCAUGUUUCAGCGUGAAUUCGCUCUUCGACUUUUCGCCAAACCUGGCGACAAACUUUACAGUCGACUAUCAGUCAAUGCGCAAAUGUGGGCUAAAAUUGACCAUAUCAUGAAAGUCGGCAAAAACAACUUCAAGCCUCCACCAUUGGUUGAGUCCAGCGUUAUUCGCAUGGUUCCCAAGGUCCCACGGCCGCAGAUCAACUAUGAGGAGUGGGAUGGACUAUUGCGCAUUGUAUUUGUUCGAAAGAAUAAGACUCUGCGAGCUAGUUUCUUCGGCACCCCCAGCGUUAUGAACAUGCUUGAAGCAAACUAUCGGACCUGGUGUGCUCAGAAUGAUAUCCCCGUGGAAGAUGGCCCGGCGGAAGAUGCCGACGGCGACGUGAUGGAUAUGGGCGAGGAACAAGAACAAGAGAAUGCGGAAGAGCCCGAUGAGACUAUGGAGAUGGAUGAUGACGAUGAUGUUCCGGAUUUCUUCAAAGAAGAGACUAACCCGCGUCUUCAGCAAGCACUCAAGGGUCAAUCUUCACGAAAGAAAGGAGGAAAGGUGGCAGAGUUGGUACGCGAAAAAGUGCGACAGGUCCUGGAGGACGAGACCCACCUUGCUGACAAGCGUGCUCGAAUGUGUGACGAGACUGAAUUCUUGAAGAUGCUGUGGGCGUUUAACCAGAAAGGAAUCCAUUUCAACUGA